UGUAGCGCUCAGUUCAAUAUAAUUAGUGCCCGGUCUACAAAUUUCACGACAGCCCCUGUUCUGAGAAUUGCUGAAUUUGUCAUACUUGGAGAAAGGGAAUAUUAUUGGUCUUCUGCUUGCUUCUGCUAUGGGGUGGUUUUGACAGAAGGGGGUUAAAAUUUCGAGGACAUUCGCUCUCGUUGGUCGGUCGACGUCUAUUUUUCGGACUCUGUUUGAUUUGCUCCGUCAGUAACAGCACAACAUGAGUCUCACGGAUUCAUUCAUUUACAUUAUCAGGGAUAAUCCCGUUUCUCAAAGUACAAUCCAAAUAGCUUCCUCUGUGUUAAACAAAGUUGGAGGUUUGAUACCUGUCCCUAAACCAAAAGAAACUCUUCCUGCACUCAUGACUCCAGCACCUUUACCUCAGCUUUUUAAACUGGUUGGGUACAGUGGUCUUUUUAUUCGAUUGGCUGGUUUAUCUGGAGCUGCUGCAGUUGGAUUGGGUGCAUACGGAGCUCACAGUAUAAUGAACGAAGAGGGAAAUGAGCACAGGAAGCGUGUAUUUGAAACAGCUAAUAAGUAUCACUUCUAUCAUACCAUUGCUUUAUUAGCUGUCCCAUUGUGUCAUUAUCCCUUAGUGACUGGUGGGCUGUUGACUGCUGGUAUGCUAAUGUUUUGUGGGCCAUGUUAUUACAUGUCCAUUACUGGCAAAGAUCAGCUGAGAAGAUUAACUCCAUUUGGGGGUGUCUGUUUGAUUGUUGGUUGGAUGACCAUGUUAAUUUAGAAGUAAAUAAUUUGUAUUUAUUAUCACCAAUUGCUUUCCACUCUUGUAGAUUCUUUGAUGUUAAUGGCUGAAGUUAAAAUCCGUAAUCAGGUAGUGUUUUGCUCUUAGGCUUCAACUUGAUCAGUAACUAUGGUACUUAUUGCAACCAGCUCUUUGCAUGUAACAGGAAGGUAUCAAUAGGAGGGUAUUCAAACCAACAGAAAUGCAAAUGUACUUACAAUCCAAGGAAAUAAACCUUUAAUUCAGUUC